AUGGUUCACAGCUCCCGCUUCGCUGCUGGUCCCCUCUUCUCCGAGGCUGGACAUCUCCAAGGGAGGGCCCUGGCGCCCGAGUACGCCAAGGCGGCGGCGAAGCUGCGCGAGGAGGGCUCCGAGAUCCGCCUGGCCAAGGUGGACGCCACGGAGGAGUCGGAGCUGGCGCAGCAGUUCGGCGUGCGCGGGUACCCCACCAUCAAGUUCUUCCGCAACGGCGACAAGGACGCGCCCAAGGAGUACACGGCUGGCAGAGAGGCAGAUGACAUCGUCAGCUGGCUGAAGAAACGCACCGGUCCAGCUGCAACUACCCUGACAGACGCUGCUGCAGCAGAGACACUGGUGGAUUCCAGUGAAGUGGCUGUGAUUGGCUUCUUUAAGGAUUUGGCAUCAGAUGCUGCCAAGGAGUUUUUGCUGGCAGCAGAAUCCAUUGAUGACAUUCCCUUUGGGAUCUCGUCCAGUGCUGAUGUCUUCUCCAAGUACGACCUUAGCAAAGAUGGAGUUGUCCUCUUCAAGAAGUUUGAUGAAGGCCGUAACAACUUUGAAGGGGAUCUCACAAAAGAAAACUUACUGAACUUCAUCAAGGCUAACCAGCUACCCCUGGUCAUAGAGUUCACUGAGCAGACUGCUCCUAAAAUCUUUGGAGGAGAGAUCAAGACUCAUAUUCUGCUGUUCUUACCAAAAAGUGUGUCUGAUUAUCAAGAGAAAUUGGACAAUUUCAAGACCGCAGCUGGAAGCUUCAAAGGGAAGAUCCUGUUCAUAUUCAUAGACAGUGAUCACAGUGACAACCAGAGGAUUUUGGAAUUUUUUGGCCUGAAGAAGGAAGAAUGUCCUGCUGUACGUUUGAUCACACUGGAGGAAGAAAUGACCAAAUACAAACCUGAAUCGGAUGACCUCACAGCAGACAAGAUCAAAGAUUUCUGUAAUAAGUUCCUGGAGGGCAAGAUAAAGCCCCACCUGAUGAGCCAGGAUCUUCCUGAAGACUGGGACAGCCAGCCAGUCAAAGUUCUAGUUGGGAAGAACUUUGAAGAUGUUGCUUUUGAUGAGAACAAGAACGUCUUUGUAGAGUUCUAUGCUCCCUGGUGUGGUCACUGCAAGCAGCUCGCUCCAAUCUGGGACAAGCUUGGAGAGACCUACAAGGACCAUGAUAACAUUGUCAUUGCCAAGAUGGAUUCAACAGCCAACGAAGUAGAGGCAGUGAAAAUCCACAGCUUCCCCACACUCAAGUUCUUCCCUUCAGGCCCUGGGAGAAAUGUAAUUGACUAUAAUGGGGAGCGGACGCUAGAAGGCUUCAAAAAAUUCCUGGAGAGCGGAGGUCAGGACGGCGCGGCUGCUGAUGAUGAUCUAGAAGAUCUAGAGACAGAUGAAGAAACAGACCUCGAGGAAGGUGAUGAUGAUGAUGACCAGAAAAUCCAAAAAGAUGAAUUGUAAAGGAAAGACUGAUCUACAUCACCCAAAAAUCAGACACUAAACUCACUGCUGCUGUUCAGCCCAGUGAGUCCAGAAACCCAUUAAGAUUUAAAGCAGAAGGCGAGUGACUGGAAAUCCAGGGAUUGGCUUUUAAAGUAACACUUCACCCUCACUUGUCUGUACACUCGACUGUCUUUUCUUACUUUUCAGCUUUGAGAAGGGAUCUGUCACUAGGUAGCCAUCCCAGCCAGCUGGGCUCUUUUUUUAUUGUAAAGUACUUUUUUGUACAUGGCUUUUGUUUCAAGUAUUCUGUUCUUCUGGGUAGAAACAGGUUGUAAAGUGGUAGCAUGAGUUUAAUUGCUCAACAUGUUGGAGCCUUGCCACUAACAUCUUCCACGAGUGCUUUUUCCCUUUUUUCUUUUAAAUCUAAAGACCACAGUGGUUUGUUUGUUUUCCCCCCACCUGGCAAGGUCCUUAAUUUUCUUGGCUCUUCUUCCAUGCAGUCAGCCCUCAGUGCAUGUCAGACAAGAGGCAGUAGGUUGACUGCAUCAUUCUGGUGAGAGGUAGAUAUGAAGAUGCUUCUCUACGUGCUGGCCAGAUGUUUCAUUUUCCCUCUGCUUUCUGACAUUUGGAGCUGACUGUCCCAAAUACCUGGAAGGGCAGAAUACUGUGUGCUGGCUGUGGCAGGCUCUGGAGGGUGCAGGUGGAGACUGGCUCACCGGCUUAGAUGAGACCUAGCUGUGUUGCCACCCCUUUGAUCAAAUGCAAAACUGUUUUGCAAUCACUUUCCAUGUGUUAUUUUGAAUGGGUUGACCAGGCUGGUGGGUGGUGUGGGAGGGCCUGAAUAAAAUAUGGCAAACAAGACACUUAAGAUUACUGGGUUUUAGGGAGGAACUUGAACAGGGGAGUGGCUCAAAGGCCUGAGCAAAAUCAGGCUGGUUCUUAGCAUUCCGCUAUAGUAACAUUGGAGCUGAAUUUGUUGGCCAAAUAAAGUUGAGAUUUUAAUACUA